AUGUUGCAUGCGCUUUCUAAACCUCUCAUCUCUGAUUCCAAGUCUUGUGGCUUCCCAUCAUUCCCGAUCAAUCCACGCACUGCCGUCCAGACAUUGAGGACACGCGCAUCAGAGUUUCAUUUCCCAUGUCAGCCCUCUGAGAAUAUUCGUGACUUGCUGCGACCCGCCGAGGUCAGCAAAGGCGCCACCGGGGCGGUGUGCUGGCACGCCAGGGAGCCCAAGACGGCAGAGUGCCGGAGGGCCCUUCGGCGCCUGCGCCACAACUGCGACGCCUGCGACGUUGUGACGCUGGACGCCGAGUGGACUUGGCACCGGCCCGUGGCGGACGGCGUGGCGCUGCUGCAGCUGGGCUUCUGGCCGAGCUGCGAGGUCUUCUGCCUCCGCUUCGAGCCGGCCGGGCGCGCGCCGCAGGGGCGGCCGCCGCGGGCGCUGCGGAGGCUGUUCCGCCGCGGCGCGCGGGACGAGGCCGCGAUCGUCGGCUUCGCGCUGCAGGAGGACCGCAAGCGUCUCGAGAGGCACGGGCUGUGCCUCGGCCGCGCCGGCGCGGUGGACCUGCAGCCGUGGUGCACGCAGGAGGCCGGCCGGCCGCGAGGCAUGAGCAUUUCGCUGGCGGACGCUUUUCGCAGGCUGUUCAAGGAGGACCUUGACAAGGAGCCCCGGCUGACGGACUGGGACGGCGCGCUGUCGCACCGGCAGCUGCGCUACGCCGCAACGGACGCCUGGACG